AUGCGUACAACUGUCAUGCAACAUAUGUUCUUCGCAUUCUCGCUAGAUUGGUCGUCGUGGAGCUACUUUACCGAUGUUAUCAAAGACGACAACACCACCAACAACAACAACAUUAAAAACAUCAACACUAUCAGCAGAAACAACUUUAGAAACAUCAACAACACAAACAUUAGAAACAUCAACAACAACAACUACAACAACAUUAAAAACAUCAACACUAUCAGCAGAAACAACUUUAGAAACAUCAACAACACAAACAUUAGAAACAUCAACAACAACAACUACAACAACAUUAAAAACAUCAACACUAUCAGCAGAAACAACUUUAGAAACAUCAACAACACAAACAUUAGAAACAUCAACAACAACAACUACAACAACAUUAAAAACAUCAACAAAAACACAAUUCACAUCAUCGACAAUUUAUCAACGUCAACAAAACCAUUUAAACAAUUCACACCGAACCAAGAUAUUCUCAAACUUCUUGGCAAAUAA